AUGCUGCCGUACCUGUUCCCUGAGCUGUCCACCUUUGCUACAGUCGCCGAUCUUAUCACCCACCUUCGCACUAGUGAUGCCCGCCUGCGUGCCGCCCUUCCCACUGAGUUCUGCGCUAAGAAUCCCCCUCCACUGUACUGGACACUCCACUUCAUAGUCACCCGUCUCCCUGACACCCUCAGCUCAGUUCGAGACCACUUCCUUGCUCGCUGUCCCACUGAGCUCACAGUCGCCCUCCUAGAGGAGCACCUGCUAGCGGCCGAAAAGAGCAUUGUAGCUGUCGGUGCUGCUCGUGGCGCUCCUCGCACCCCCAUCUUUGAGGGGUGUUCUCCCUCUCCCCUCGCUCCCUCCUACGCUACUGCUGCUGCUGUUGACUUCCUUGGUGCUGAGUCUGCUGGCGCUGCUUCUGCUCCUGGUGGGAGGCGCCGCACCGGCAAGGGCAAGGGGGGCAAGGGUGGCGGGGGUGGCGCUGGGGGGGGAGGAGGUGGGGGAGGUGGGGGGGGAGGCGGUGCUGGAGGGAGCGGUGGCGGGAGCGCUGGUGGGAGUGGGGUCGGCGGUGGAGGCGGGGGCGGCGGAGGGAGCGGUGGCGGUGGUGGCGGCGGCGGCGGUGGCGGCGGCGGCGGCGGCAGUGGCGGUGGCGGCGGUGGCGGUCGGAGCGGUGGUAGUGGUGGCGGCGGAGGUCGGAGUGGAGGCACUGGCUCGGGCCAGAGCUCCCAGCAGCAGCAGCGUCCCCAGACGACCCAGCAGCUUCGUGAGUGGCUUGCUCAGCGUGGGACGUCGGGGGGCAGUGGCCGCUGUUCCUAUGUCAUUCGCACAGGUGACCGCAAGGGGCAGACGUGUGGGAGGUUCCACACCCAGUACCGCUGCUUCUCCCGCCUUGACGACGCUUGGCGUGAGGAGAUGGGCGAGGAUGUUGAGCGCCCCCGCUGGGCUGAGCUGAUGAGGGCUGGUGUUGAUAUCUUUGCUCUUGACUAUGAUGCUAUUAUUGCUGCCAUAUAUGCAUUGACUGUUAGUGCCGAGGGAGACUGUUACUUGUGUGUGCCGCCUGACCCAGGUAUAGAGCCCGCUGCCCUGGCCACUAGUGAGUCUGCUCUCUCUGGUAUGGUGCCCCCUGUACUUGCUCCCUCCAGUGCUGUCCCCGCUGUUUGCGAGUCUGCUCUCUCAGGUACAGCACCCACAGAGACUGCUCUCUCAGGUACCGCACCGGCUGAGGCCUGUCACACCUUCACCCUUGACUCAGUCCUUGCCCAGUCCACCACUGUCCUCCCUUGUCCGGCGGUUCCGUCUGGCUCGUUGUCGGGUUUCCACCUCCCCUCGUUCUCGACGAACCUGGUGAGCAACGCUGUCAUCCAGGAUCAGUGGGUUGACACCUUUACCCCUGGAGGACAGCGUGUGGCGAUCUGCACGUGCUCCAGGACCGGCCGUCACCUGGCUACGUUCACCCGUCGACCAGGGUCGAGUCUCUACACACUGACACACUGUCCACUGCGUCUCCUCAGGUCCCUCCUCCUCCCUCCCCUCCCUGCCUCGCCUGCGCCGCCUUGCCUUCCUUGCGUCGAGGGGCGGCAGCGCGCCGCUCCUCACUCCUCCUCGUUCCCCCCGACAGAGGCUCCUCUGCAGACCCUCCACCUGGACGUGUGGGGCCCAGCCCGCGUUCGUGGCCAGGGCGGUGAGCGGUACUUUUUGCUGGUUGUUGACGACUACUCGCAUUACACCACGGUCUUCCCCUUGCGCACCAAGGGUGAGGUCCCUGCUGUUCUGAUCCCUUGGAUCCGCACAGUUCGUCUCCAGCUCCGCCGCCGUUUCCGGACGGAUCUUCCUUUCCUGCGUCUGCACUCUGACAGAGGUGGUGAGUUUUCCUCCGAUCUCUUGAGGACCUUCUGUCAGGCGGAGGGCAUCGAGCAGACCUUCACGCUUCCGGACUCCCCACAGCAGAAUGGGGUUGCUGAGCGCCGCAUUGGCCUGGUCAUGGAGGUCGCUCGUACCUCCUUGGUUCACGCGGCGGCUCCCCAUUUUCUGUGGCCGUUUGCUGUCCGGUACGCCGCGCAUCAACUCAACCUCUGGCCCCGUGUCUCCUUGCCGGAGACCUCGCCCACACUGCGUUGGACGGGGGAGGUUGGCGAUGCGUCGCGCUUCCGGGUGUGGGGUGCUCGUGCCCUUGUCCGCGAUACGUCCGCGGACAAGCUCUCCUCCCGCACACUUCCCUGUGUCUUCCUGGGCUUUGUCCCUGACGCGCCGGGCUGGCAGUUUUACCACCCCACCUCGCGCCGGGUCUUCGCCUCUCAGGACGUCACCUUUGACGAGUCGACCCCCUUCCCCCUCAGGGUCCUGCUCCUUCAGGUUUCUCAGGUCGACCCUCCUCCCGUCGCUGAGCCUGUCGAGGUCACAGGUGACUCAGGUGCUGCUGCAGGUGGUGCUGCUGGGAGUGCUGAGCCUGGGGGUGCUGAGCCUGCGGGUGCUGGGCCUGGGAGUGCUGGGACUGCGGGUGCUGGAGCUGAGGGUACUGUGCCUGAGAGUUCGGCGCCUGGGGGUGCUGAGCCUGGGGGUGCUGCGACUGGGGGUGCUGAGCCUGCGUGUGCGGAGUCUGGGGUGCUGAGUCUGGGGGUGCUGCGCCUGCGGUCUCUCACGCCGCAGCAGCUUCGUGACUGGUACGUCCGGCGCUUUCGCCGUCCUAGUGGCUCGGCUGGAGUUGGGGGUGCUGGAGCUGCUCGUCCUGGGGGUGCUCGUACUGGGGGUACUGGAGCUGCCGGGACUGGUCGUUCUGGGAGCACUACGACUGGAGCUGCUGGAGCUGGGGACUCUGGAGCUGGCGGUACUAGUGGAGUUGGAGCUGCCGACUCUGGGGGUGCUCUUCCUAGCGGUGCUGCGGACCCUGGGGGUGGUGCUGCUGCUGGUGCUGCGGACCCACCUGGUGGGCCUGCUGCUGGAGCUGAGGACCCGAGCGGUGGCGCUGCUGCUGGUGCUGGGGACCCGGACGUUGGAGCUCCUGCUGGUACUGAGGACCCGGCCGCUGGAGUCUCUUCUGCUUCUGCGAGCGCUGGCGCGGCCGCGGCCGUACUUCGUACCGCUCCUUCAGCAGGAGGUCUUACAGAGCGUCGUGAGCCUGAGUCUCGUCCUGCGUCGCCUGUUCGCACUGCUCGCACUGGUCGUCGUGUCCGUCGUGAGCGUCCUCCUCCUGUCCCAGGCACUCACUACAUGACUCUGCGUCCCUCUACUGCUCCUCAGCGUGUCCCUCUACCGUCUCCUCCUGCGUCCUCUUUGCCUGACGUUCCGGACCCUGAGUCUGACCGGUAUCGUGCUGAGCACCCUACUGUCACGCGUCUCCUAGCUACUGUUUUCACUGACCCUACCUUUGAGUCCUCGGCUGCGUCUGCUCUAGUCGCUGAGUUGGUUGACUUUGCUGCUGCCUGUCGUCUAGACUACGCUGCUAGCCUUGUUGCUGAGCCUGCGCAGGAGGACUUUGACUCUCUCGCGGCUGCUGUACCUCAUCUCGUGGCCUGGUUGCUUGCCCCUGAGGGAGACCCGGAUGCACUAGACAUCCCCACUCCGCGCACUUACGCAGAGGCGAUCUCGGGUCCCUACUCCUCUCAGUGGCAGACAGCCAUGGACGCAGAGAUGGCAUCCUGGAAGUCCACAGGCACCUACGUCGACGAGGUUCCCCCUCCUGGGGCGAACAUCGUCGAUGGCAUGUGGAUUUUCAGGGUGAAGCGGCCGCCAGGUUCUCCGCUUGUCUUCAAGGCUCGUUACGUUGCUAGAGGCUUCAGGCAGCCUGCACGAGGAGAUCUGGCUGCGCCGCCCACCUGGCUUUACUGGUCGUUUCCUCCUGGUACCCAGUGGAGCCUCCGCCGGCCAGUCUACGGUCUCCGCCAGGCGCCACGUGAGUGGCACGACACACUGAGGACUACACUUGCGGCUCUUGGGUUCGCGCCGUCUACUGCUGACCCGUCGCUGUUUCUGCGCACAGACACGUCGCUGCUGCCGUUCUACAUUCUCGUGUACGUCGACGACUUGGUCUUUGCUACUGCUGACACUGAGGCACUCGCUCGUGUGAAGUCGGAGCUGCAGAAGAGACACACCUGCACUGACCUGGGUGAACUGCGUAGCUACCUUGGCUUGCAGAUCACCCGGGACAGAGCUCGCCGCACCAUCACCCUGACUCAGUCACACAUGGUGCAGCAGGUCCUUCAGCGCUUCGGCUUCCAUUUCUCCUCACCACAGGCCACACCUCUGGCUACCAGCCACUCGCUCUCAGCUCCACCUUCGGACGAGUCCGUAGAGCCGAGUGGCCCGUACCCAGAGCUUGUAGGCUGCCUCAUGUACCUGAUGACUUGCACGCGACCUGACCUCGCGUACCCUCUUAGCAUCCUUGCUCGUUACGUUGCACCUGGGAGACACAGGCGAGAGCACUGGGAGGCUGCUAAGAGGGUGCUGCGUUACUUGUGCAGUACAUCAGGCAUGGGGCUGGUGCUUGGAGGACACGACAGAGUUGUCCUCACUGGUCACUCGGACGCUUCUUGGGUGGACGACCUGGCUACGCAGCGGUCGUCAAAGGGUUACACCUUCAGCCUUGGCUCUGGUUCUGUCUCGUGGCGGUCCACCCGCUCUUCCUCUGUUCUCGGCUCUAGUUGUGAGGCUGAGAUCUACGCCACAGCCAUGGCUGCACAGGAGUUACGCUGGCUCACCUACCUGCUGACUGACUUGGGAGAGCGGCCUAGUUCUCCUCCAGUUCUGUACGGUGACAACAAGGCGGCUCUUGCCUUGUGUCAGGAGCACAGAGUGGAGCACAGGACAAAGCACAUUGCUCUUCGCUACUUUCUUGCUCGAGAGCUUCAGCAGCGCGGUCAGCUUCGGCUUGUGUACGUGGACUCGAAGGCCAACACUGCUGAUAUCUUCACCAAGGCGCUCCCGCCUAGUGAUCAUCAGCGGCACUGUACUUCUUUAGGCCUUGUGUCCACGUUUCCUCACUUGCUCACUGCUUGA